UCGUCUGAGCUAGUCUGAAUUCCCUGCGCAUAUUCCCUUGACUGAACACUCGGUUCAUUCAGUAAUUUCCCAAACUUUUUACCAUUAGCAUCGCCAACCAUCAUCUCUCAACAAUAAUAACACCCCCUACAGCUAAUAAAUAAUAAUAAAUUACCACCGUAUCGAUAAUUUAAACGGUCAUGAUAAAUUGUGUAACACUGACAUUCAUGUGAGCAAGUACUGCGUCACGUGGCGCUCGCGUGUAAUUAUUAUCGUAAUAUACCUCGACAUCUCAACUGAUUAAAUCACCGCCUAUAUAUUGACAGCAUUCUCCACUCAUAAUCAAUCAUUAUUGCUUAUUAAUUCUCCAUCAUACCAAUUGAUUCAGCGACAUUAGAGGGAAUUAUUUGAUUGAAUAAGUUGUCCCUAUAGCACGAUGGCACCUAAUAUAACAUCAGCACCGACAAAUGUACUCUAUCAGAACGGAAUCGAUGAAUCGAGUUCAGUAAAUAAAGAGCCCCAAGUCAAGUAUCAAUUGAGAAUUGUUUGGUUUAAUGUAUCCGCAUUUAUCGCACUGCACGUCGGUGCAAUGUACGGGCUUUACCGUGUCUUCACAUCGGCCAAACUUGUCACAAUAUUAUUCGCUUACGUAUUAUACGUAUGCAGUGGUCUAGGAAUAACAGCUGGUGCCCACAGACUCUGGUCCCACCGAUCGUGGAAGGCCAAUUUUCCACUCCGAUGUAUUCUCAUGAUAUUCAACACAAUUGCAUUCCAAAAUUCCAUCUACGAGUGGUCGAGAGAUCACCGGGUCCACCACAAAUACAGCGAGACAAAUGCCGAUCCCCAUAAUGCCACCAGAGGAUUUUUCUUUGCUCAUGUGGGAUGGCUACUCUGUAAAAAGCAUCCUGAUGUGAAGAACAAGGGAAAGGGCGUCGACAUGAGCGAUCUAUUAAGGGAUCCCAUUGUGGUUUUUCAGAGGAGGCACUAUCUGACGCUGAUGCCAAUCAUAGCUUUCGUCGUGCCAACGUGCAUUCCAGUUUGGUUCUGGGGAGAAACGUGGGUCAAUGCCUUCUUCAUUCCAACAGUAUUGCGUUAUGUAUUCACUCUUAACAUGACGUGGCUCGUCAAUUCCGCUGCUCAUCUAUUCGGUGGUAAACCAUAUGACAGAUUCAUGAAUCCAGCCGAAAAUCUAGCAGUGGCAGUGGGUGCCCUGGGUGAAGGCUGGCACAACUAUCACCACGUCUUCCCCUGGGACUACAAAGCAGCUGAGCUUGGCAACUACAGAUUCAACUUCACCACAGCAUUUAUCGAUUUUUUCGCUAAAAUUGGCUGGGCCCACGAUUUAAAACGAGUAUCUCCCGAAAUUAUCGAGCAGAGAGUCAAAAGAACGGGUGACGGUACCCACGAGGUAUGGGGUUGGGGUGACAAAGAUCAGCCCUCAGAAGAAAGAGAAGCCGCUAUAAUCGAAUAUCACGCCAAAGAGGAAGACUCAGCACAAUGAUUCACCCUGAUCUAUCCAGAAUGCAAUUUAUUUUUUUAAAAUUCACUAUUUCAUCGGUUGUUAAAUUUAAGGUUCGAUGUUUUCCAUAACAUUUUUUUUUCUCUUCGCGAAUUUGAAAGGGACGCUCGAGCCUCUCACUUAUUUAUUAUCGUCAUCGAUUACUUAGUGAUAUUGAUUUGUCAAUUGUCCAAGAUAUUGCAAUUUAUCAUCGAUAACUGCUGGGAUAUCUCUCUUAAAUAGCAUUUAGAUUCUGUUACAUCACCGUCCAGAGUAAUAGGGGUCCACAAUAAUUUUCGACUGAAUGAAUUUAACUUGAAAGUAUAACAUGACAGGAGAAUAACACGAGAUUGUGAUUAAUUGCGACUUUCGUGCUGGUCGCGACAUCGCUCGAUACUUCGUACAGGAGAGUCGUUUACUUAGACUAAUGGGUUAAUGAUAGUACAAUAUUAAUUAAAUUCGGGUAUAAUGAUAUCUUGUAAUUCUGUAAUUGAAUAUUCGAAUAUUAAUCACGAAGUGAUCUAAGUUUAAUAAAUAAUCAAUAAAACGAUAUUUUUAAUGAAA